AUGACGACUUUGCCAAAUUUGCAAACCCUACGUGCACCGUGGCUCGGGGCCUACCACCGAAAGGGCACCGAAGCUGGAACUGGAGAGGAGGGGAGAAGAAACACUGUAAGGCAAACCAUCGUCCUGGAGGACGGAACAGAAGACAACAGGAUAGGAAGGACAAGAGACCUCUUCCAGAAAAUCAGAAACAUCGGAGGCAAUUUUCAGGCAAAAAUGGGCAUGAUCAAAAACAAAGAUGACAGGGACCUAACAGAAGCUGAAGAGAUUAAGAAAAGGUGGCAAGAAUAUACAGAAGAUCUGUAUAGGAAGGAUAAUAAUAUAGAGGAUAGCUUUGACAGUGUGGUGAGUGAAUUAGAACUAGACAUCCUGAGGAGUAAGGUUGAAUGGGCCUUAAGAAGCAUUGCUAAUAACAAGGCAACAGGAGAUGACGGGAUCCCAGCUGAGUUGUUUAAAAUCUUGGAAGGUGAUGCUGUCAAGGUGAUGCAUGCCAUAUGCCAGCAAAUAUGGAAAACACAAGAUUGGCCAUCAGAUUGGAAAAAAUCAAUGUAUAUCCCCAUACCAAAAAAGGGAAACGCUAAAGAAUGCUCAAACUUCCGUACAGUGGCACUUAUUUCCCAUGCCAGUAAGGUAAUGCUCAAGAUCCUGCAAGGCACACUCCAGCUGUGAUG